CGCGCCGGAGCUCCGCCUCGGCAGCCAUGGCCGCGUAGGGCCUCGGACAUGGACCUGCCCCGGGCCGCCUGGCGAGUCCCCUCGGCGGGAUAGGCAAGAAGAUGCUCUGCUCAGAACUGUGGACACGAAGAGGAGAGCGCAAAGGCAGGAAAACACUGAGAAAGACUUGUAAAGAAUUCUGCAAUCCCUAAGGACAUAACUAACUAUAUUAACAUGCCUGCUGUGGCUUCAGUUCCUAAAGAGCUAUACCUCUGUACUUCGCUGAAAGAUCUUAACAAGAAGACAGAAAUAAAGCCUGAUAAAACCAGUACAAAAAAUUAUGUGCAGAGUGCCCUUAAGAUCUUCAAAGCAGCAGAGGAAUGCAGAUUGGAUAGAGAUGAAGAGAAGGCCUACAUCCUAUACAUGAAAUAUGUUACUGUGUACAAUCUUGUUAAAAAAAGACCUGAUUUCAAGCAGCAACAGGAUUAUUUUCAUUCAAUACUUGGACUUACAAACAUAAAAAAAGCUGUUGAAGAAGCUGAAAAACUCUCGGACAGUCUGAAACUCAGAUAUGAAGAAGCUGAAGUUCGGAAGAAGCUUGAAGAAAAAGAGCAACAAGAGCAGCAUAAAAGGCAGGAGGCAAAGGAUGAUGGAAGGGCUUCAGCCAAAAACUCUUCAGAAACUGCAGUGGAUUCCAAAGGAAAAUGCCAGAAGCAGAUCAACGGUGAGAAAAAGGUUUUGGUGGAAAGAAGAGAUGAACUUGACAACUCAAGUGCUUCUGUAUCUAAGGAAGCAGUCACAGCUGAGAAACUCUAUAGAAUGAUGAUGGACAAAAACAUUGAAUUGAUCAUCAUGGAUGCACGAAGCUUGAAAGAUUAUCAGGAAUCCUGUAUUCCAGAUUCCAUCAGUGUUCCAGAAGAGGCUAUCAGUCCUGGAGUCACAGCGAACUGGAUUGAAGCUCGACUCCCAGAGAAUUCUAAAGAAUCGUGGAUGAAGAGGGGACAUGUAGAUUAUAUUGUUCUACUUGACUGGUUCAGUACUGCAAGAGACUUGCAACUAGGAACCACGCUGCAGAGCUUGAAAGAUGCACUUUUUAAGUGGGAAAGUAAAACUAUCCUGCAGAAUGAACCUUUGGUCCUGGAAGGAGGCUACGAGAGCUGGCUCCUCUGCUAUCCCCAGUACACAACAAAUGCUAAAGUAACCCGACCGCAGCAUGGCAAAGAUGAAGCAGUGACUGUAUCUUUGGAUUUCACUUACCCAUCUCUGGAAGAGCCAGCUCCUCCUCCACCUCUACCUGUUGCCUAUGUAAAGCCCUCCCCAGUAGAAGUGACUGAGAAGGAUGAAAUAAGAAACAAUCUGGAUAAGACAAUAGGAUCACUUAACACCCCCAGCAUCCCAGGUGCAGGUACCCCCAGAUCUGACAGUUCACCUGUAGUCCACGCAGUGUCAGCUACAAGGAAUAUCCCUGAGAUUGAUCGUACAAAAAAGCCUUUAGCAAAAUUCCCUGAUGAUCAUAGACCAAAAUCAGAAAGUACAGCCAUUGACAAACAACUGAUUGAGAAUGGACGUAUGGUUCCAGAUCGGUCCACAAAACCAGUAUUUGAUGGAACGUCUGUUCUGACAGAUGAAGAAAGAAGCCGCAUACAUGCAGAAACAGCUGCCCUGUUAGAGAAGAGCAAACAGGAAAAGGAGUUACGGGAAAGACAACAAGAAGAACAGAGAGAGAAGCUCAAAUGGGAGAAGCUGGCACAAGAACAGAAAGCAAAAGAGGAACUGGAAGAAAAGGAAAACAGAGAAAAGCUUCGGCAAGCAAAAGAUGAUGAGGGGAGAGAGCAGGAAGAGCAGGCAAGCAAGGAACAAGAGGAAAAGGAAGCGCAAGAGAGAACACGCAAAGCAAUGGCAGAAGGAAAAAAAACAAAUAAAACUGAACCUGAAACAACCAAUGCAAGAAAACCAGAGCUUGAUAAAAUAGCUUUAGAAGAGAAAGAAAAGGGGACUCGAACACCAGAAAUGCAGAGACAAGUGUUAGGGGAUGUUUCUUCAGUAUCUGCAACAGGGGUGUCGGUCUCAAGCAAGCAUGCUGGGGUUAAAGGACAACCAGAAAGUGAAAGUGGAGUUCAAAAGCCAGGAGCCCUUAGAGAGGAUACUGAACAAGAUACUGAAAGACUUAAAUCCCAACGGGAGCCAUUGAUGAGAGCACGAAGUGAGGAAAUGGGAAGGACAGUACCAGGACUGCCUGCAGGCUGGGUGAAGUUUCCAGACACAACCACUGGGACCUUUCGUUAUUAUCACUCACCAACAAACACUGUUCAUAUGUAUCCACCGGAAAUGGCUCCUACAUCCACCCCUCCAUCCACUCCACCAACUCACAAAGCCAAGCAACGGGUGACUGUUGAACGGGAAAGAGAACACUCCAAACUGAAGCGCUCCUAUUCUUCACCAGAUAUAACCCAAGCCAUUCACGAGGAAGAAAAGAAGAAAAUUCCUGUAACUCCUGCAGUCAAUCGUGAAAAUAAACCUGCUUGUUACACUAAAGCAGAAAUCUCCAGGCUGUCUGCGUCGCAGAUUCGGAAUCUCAACCCCGUCUUUGGGGGAUUGGGACCAGCUCUCACAGGACUUCGUAAUUUAGGGAACACUUGCUAUAUGAAUUCUGUAUUGCAGUGUCUGUGCAAUGCACCACAUCUGGCUGAUUAUUUCAAUAGAAACUUCCAUCAGAAUGAUAUCAACAGGUCGAAUAUUCUGGGACAUAAAGGUGAAGUGGCUGAAGAAUUUGGUGUGAUAAUGAAAGCUUUGUGGACAGGACAGUAUAAAUUUAUCAGUCCAAAAGAUUUUAAAACAACAAUUGGGAAGAUCAAUGACCAAUUUGCAGGAUACAGCCAACAAGACUCCCAGGAAUUACUCCUGUUUUUAAUGGAUGGCCUCCAUGAAGACCUAAAUAAAGCUGACAAUAGGAAGAGAUAUAAAGAAGAAAAUAAUGAUCAUCUUGAUGACCUUAAAGCAGCAGAACUAGCCUGGCACAAACACAAGCAGCUCAAUGAAUCUAUUAUUGUGGCACUUUUCCAAGGCCAGUUCAAAUCUACAGUGCAGUGUUUGACAUGUCAUAAAAAGUCCCGAACAUUUGAGGCAUUUAUGUAUUUGUCAUUGCCACUUGCAUCCACUAGCAAAUGCACACUACAGGACUGCCUUAGAUUAUUUUCCAAAGAGGAAAAACUCACAGAUAACAACAGAUUUUACUGUAGCCAUUGCAAAACUCGAAGAGAUUCUUUGAAAAAAAUAGAGAUUUGGAAACUGCCACCUGUUCUUCUUGUGCACUUGAAACGAUUUUCCUAUGAUGGAAGGUGGAAGCAAAAGCUUCAAACAUCUGUAGAUUUCCCUUUGGAAAGUCUUGACCUGUCGCAAUAUGUUAUUGGUUCAAAGAGUAAUUUGAAGAGAUACAACCUGUUUGCAGUAUCGAAUCACUAUGGAGGGCUGGAUGGAGGGCACUACACAGCCUACUGCAAAAACCCUGCAAAACAGCACUGGUAUAAGUUUGAUGAUCAUGAAGUGUCUGACAUCUCAGCAUCUUCUGUGAAGUCCUCAGCAGCUUAUAUUCUCUUUUACACCUCUCUUGAACAGCGAACAGCAGAAAUAGCCAUGUAAAGUAAUAUGGGAUGAAAAAAAUUGAUUCUCUUUAUAAAUGCACAAUACAGGUAUAGAAAUGCAUAUUAACAUGCAAAUCCAUGACAAAUAUAUAGUCACUUUAAGAAUUAGGAGAUGAUUGCAGCAGCUUGUCUGCUGCGCUAUCUUCCUGGUCAGUGCUAUUGCUUGAGUCAGAAGACUGAUAAUGCUUCUGGUAAUACCAACAUCUGUGAAAUCAUAAAAGCAAGCAUUCUUAUGUUACAAUUUAGUUCACGACAGCUAUAUUUUUAGUCUGCUGCAAAACAAAAUUCUAGCUUAGUCCUUUAAAAUCAAUUAACAGGUAGGUUAAAAUGUUCUUAAAACCCCAGGCAUAUCCUGAUUUUCUUUCUUUUUCUUUUUUUUCACUGUUAUGGCCUUUUCACAUUUCUAACCUUAAGCUUGAUUCUACUGUGAAUACUCUAGAAUGAUGUAAACAGUUAGGAAUGUAAGUGUACAUAUUGAUUGCAUACUUGCACAUCAGAACUAUGUAUAUAAUAAAAGUAUGUGGUCCUUUUGUGAGACUCUCUAUAA